AUGGGCGGAAGCAGUCGUCACGAAAGAGACCGUGAUUAUUCAGAAGGAAAUUCCCGAAGAUCUCGUCAAGACGAUUCUAGUAACGUACCAGGCGGGACAGCCAAUGAAGUGGGAAGAGAAUUUGCAAAUCGUUAUGGGGGGCUAUUUUCAGAAAAAGAUUGGAAAUGUCCGAUUUGUUCCAAUAUAAAUUGGGCUAGACGAUCAGAAUGUAAUCAAUGUAAAACACCAAAACCAGGUUUAGAAACCACUAUGGGUUCAAGGGAAGGCCGUGGUGGAGGUUGGAAUACAUGGAAUGAUAUUAUUGGUAAUGAAGAAACAAAAGAGGAAACAAAUGGAAAUAAAGACAAUCAAAAUAAGUCAUUUUAUGACAAAGAACAGUCUAAAAAGCCAAGCGAUCACGUCGAAGUAGCAGAUCUAUUUCUCGCGAUCGCAUGA